CAGUACCUUUUGUUCUGACAUGAUAUGCUUAUGUUGACUACAUGAGGGAAAGUGUCAUUGCCGUCGUUGCGUUUGUAAUUAGGUUCACUGAGCAAAAUGGCGUCGGAAAAAAGCCAGAAACGAGAGAAGCAGCAGAGUAGAGCGGAGCCCGACCCUCUUCUGCCUCCACCUUUCGAUGUGCCGUCCUGGGCUGGGAAACCUCCAGCAGGGCUCCACUUAGAUGUCAUCAAAGGAGACAAGAUGAUAGAGAAACUGAUCAUUGACGAGAAGAAGUACUACCUUUUCGGGAGGAACUCCAAGAUGUGUGACUUCUGUAUUGAUCACCAGUCCUGCUCCAGAUGCCAUGCAGCCUUGGUCUGGCACAAGCACCUCAACAGAGCUUUUCUCAUAGACUUGAACAGCACACACGGUACCCACAUUGGUAACAUCCGCCUGGAGCCAAGCAAACCCCAGCAAGUUCCCCUGGACUCUGUCCUGAGGUUUGGAGCCUCCACUCGGACCUACGUCCUGCGUGAGAAGCCACAGACAGUCACUACUGUAAAGUCAGACGACACAGAAACAGUUGGAGAGGAAGAGAUUUCCACAGGAUUGCUGGGGCUACCGGAAGAGGAGACGGAAUUGGAUAACUUGACAGAAUUCAACACAGCCCAUAACAAGAGAAUCACAGUAUACAGUGUGGAAGAGCCCAACCUAGAAGUCACUCCCUCUCCCAUCAAGAGAAAGAGAAAAAGCAUGCAGUCAGUCAGAUUCAUGGAUGAUGAAGAGGUUAUUAACCCAGAGGACGUUGACCCCAGUGUGGGCAGGUUCAGAAACUUGGUAUCCACAGAGGUUAUUCCAGUCAAGAAAAGGAAAGCAGAAGACAUCCCCACUUCACCAGAUUCCAUGGCCAAACGUAUGCAGCAAUUCUACACACCAGGUUUGUACAGUGAUCUGUCAUCCUCGGGUGAUGCACACACUCCUACAUCUCCAACAGCUGGGAUGAUCGGUUCCUCUGUCUUCAGCGGAUUCAGACCAAACUUGGCACCAGAAGUUGACUUGACACCUGUGCCUGAACUUCCCGCUACCCACCAUGCCACAGUUAUCAGUACAGAAGUCUCAUCCUCUGAACCAAAGAAAAAGAAAUAUGCGAAGGAAGCUUGGCCAGGAAAGAAGCCCACACCUUCACUACUGGUUUAGGAGAGGUCUAUGGUUUCUUCAGUUCAGCACUUUCUGUUUUUCAUUUUGUAUUCAAAAUACUGCUGGUUGUGCUGACAACUAUGCAGGCACCUGAAUUGUCUUUCUUUUGCCAUCGUUUUGUUUCAUGCACAAGGAGCUAUCAGGAAGAAACCAUUUCCAUUUGUGGGGGUGAGCUGUUGUUGAUUUGCCAAGUGAUAUUCCUGUGGAGCUUUUCCCAAGUGAGGAUGUCAAGAAUAAGAAGGCAAAAAUCAUGACCCAGGAAUUCACAGUCUGGUGCCAGCAGAUGAGAGGCUCAACACUGAAAUUUGGACUGCAGUACAGACUAAAGGCAUUGUGACAGACUCCUUCAAGAUUUAUAGAAGAUUUAUAUGUAAACAUGUACCUAUAGCCCAGAGACAUUGGACAUGUGAUAACUGUGAUAUCUAACUGUGGUGUUACAUACUUCAUUUGGCAGCUCUGCCCUGAAGUGUGAUUGACAGAUACUAGUAACCUGCUAGUCAUAAGUGUAAAUGGUAAAUAAAUUUGCAGUUUUUGUAGACAUCACUAUUUUCCAAUGUGUCCUAUUGACAAUGACUCAAAUAAAAAAAAAUACUACUAGUAGCAAUAUUGGGUUCAGGUGUGACUAUGAAGGGGUACUUGUAGUACAUUAUUCCAAAAGUUUGUAUCGUAAGGAUCUCUAUUGUAUGAAACAAUAUUAAAAGACUGUGAAAACAUGUAUGGGGCCAGUCCUCUGAUAAGAUCCUUGGAUGUGUGGGACAGCAUAAAUCACCAAAUUAUCAUGUAGACAUCCUUUGUGUUUAAAGGUCAUUCUCUUAUUCCAAUUCAUCAGAUUAUGAAUGGAUUACUUUGUUGCCUAUGUGAUUGAGCCAUUCAGUACAACUGAACAGAAUGUACAUGCAAGCACAACAAAUUCCUGUACUCCAUGAUGCCUGAAAUUUUGGUCCUCUUAAGAUCCUGGGUUCCAGACUAAACCAUUCCCUUGUGACUGUCAAUUUAAUGCACAUGUAUGAUGUAGUAUAUCUGUAUGAAUCCUAACAGAUCCUAAAUCUUACAUAGUCCAUUUUUUAACGAUUGCAUUCUGUCUGCAGCACAACUUAACAUAUGUUUCUAGUUUUUGCAAAGAAAUAUUUUAUGUCAGUUCCUGACAUUAACUGGUAGAAACACCUAUAAGAAUGAAGUUAUUUAGGCACAAAGUAUGUUGGAGCAUGGGACAGGUAUAUUAUGCUUCAUCUUUCAUCAAAGGGAAAUAAAAUGUUUUUGUGUCAACCCAGUAUUUUCAUCCUGGACCCAAGGUGUGUAAGAUGUAAAUGAUACUCUGAGUAAAUGGUUACUCUGACAUGUGCUACAUGUAAUUUUAUAAGCCCAGCUUCGGAGAAUACAAAUUGUUGCAAAUUUGUAGCAGUUCUCAUAUUGUGAUUCAAUCGACCAGUUAGAUUUAGGACUUCUUAGAUUCAAUAUCAAGAACCAAAAGAUAUACUGUACUGUGUUGUAACUUGCUCUUCUGUCAACGUUUGUGCCACCCUUCUUAUGAUAUCUACAUUUCAUACUAUUAUAAGUGUUACUCUUAAAAUAAAACAUGUUCCACUCUUGUAAA